GACGCCUUGUUCAACUCUCUGCUGGACGACCCCUACCUGAGUCUCCAGCUCACCGGGAAGUCCAACCAGCAGUUCAGCGCUGAUCACCAGGGCGACUGUCUGUCUCUGAACCACGGCGGUCUGAGCUGCGGCGGCUCCGAUAAGAACCAGUACCCCUCCGACAGCGGGGGCCACCUGGACCUGCAGGUACCCGGGGACCAGCAUCUCCUCAACCACCAGAACCAGAACUACGGUGGCGGGGACGCGCGGCACAACGUGCCCAACAUCAUCCUCACGGGGGACUCCCCGCCGGGUCUGUCUAAAGAGAUCGCCAGCGCUCUGUCCCACGUCCCCGGCUUCGAGAUGGACCCCUUCUCCCUGGACGACCCACUCCGGAUGGACCUGCAGGCUCUGGACAGUCUGGACGGGGACCUGAUGCUCGCCGACCCGGCUGUGGAGGACUCGUUCAGAUCCGACCGGCUGAAGUGACCACCGCACCCUGUCCCCCCUCGGUAGGGAUCAGGGAAGGAGAUGACCGCCCCGGGGAGGAGGCUGGAGAGAGACGAGCACUCACCACUCCCCCCGUCCUGUCCCCCCCAGGCAGACGGUCUGCAGAUCGAGGUCUGGAAGUCGGGAAACUUCCUCUUUUAGUUUUUAUUUCUCUACAUCUCGGUGAGAGGAGAUCUCUGUCCGAGAUCAAAGGGGAUUUUCUUUUAUCCGUCAAAGGCACUUAACUCUCUCGCAAUGCUUGAAGUCAAGACGAUGCCCCCCCACCACACACACACACACACACACACCACACACACACACACACACACACACACACACCUUUUUAUAUCACUAGCUUGUAUGAGUCCUAUCUGCACGCUAACGGCUGAACACGCAGGACUAAAACCGCUCACGUGACGUCAGCUUUAUGCAACAAAAAAAAAAAAAAAAAAAAACACACGGCUGUAAAAACCAG